AUGGCUUGCUUUAGGCGAGAGCUUAGCCGUCUCCGUCUCCACAGUGCACGGGCCCUCUUCUUGAUCCGUCCGCAUUUGGACAUGGAUACGACUGCGUCUUGUAGGCUACACGGCACUUUUGCGUCCUCUCGACCUGCCAGCUCCUGUGCACGAGGCUGGAUGUCUUUCAUCUGGCCGUUUGGAGUCGGAAAUAACUCCUGUGUUUUCUACGGUGCGUCCAGCACGCCCAGGGCAGCCACUGCAGACCACCAACGGGGGCGGCCGAUCAGCAUUCCAGAGCACCGCACUAUCUGCUGCUACUGCCGACGAACGCUUCGUCUGGUGAACGACGCUCUUCAGAGUCUCAUCGCGCAGCAGCUAAUGCCCGUCAACCUGUGUGACUACGGCGUCUCCAACAGCGGGCAGGCCGGCGACACCAGCGCGACCAAUACACCAAGCAGCCGAUCUCAAUUCCCCGUGUCCAUGACGAAUAGCCGAGUGACAAAUGAAGCCACACUAGCCCCCGUCCACGUCCAUGAAAGCUACCCGCAGUGGAGCUUGGUCCACUUGGUUGUGUCGAAGAGCUUAGGCGGCAAGAAGUUCGCAUCGACUCCCCUGGCGAGCAUCAGCGCCCGUCUCCCUGCAGCACCAACGUCGAUCCCGCCGCAUGCCAUGUACUCACUGAACAGCCGCGAAAGUGGGUAG